AUGCUCCGCACAGCAAUCAGGCGGGGGCAACAGCCUCUCCUGCUGCACCUGCGGAGCACGCUUGGGCUCCGUGGUUUUGCCUCAAGUGAUGAGACGGACGUGGUCGUGAUCGGUGGGGGUCCCGGAGGAUACGUUGCUGCCAUCAAGGCGGGCCAGCUUGGCCUCAAGGUGGCAUGCGUGGAGGGGCGCGGCUCCCUGGGGGGCACAUGCCUGAACGUUGGCUGCAUCCCCUCCAAGGCGCUGCUCAACUCGAGCCACGCGUAUGCCGACGCCAAGGACCACAUGAAGGCCAUGGGCGUCACCUUCAGCGGCGUCAGCUACGACUGGGCCACGAUGCAGAAGGCCAAGGACGACACAGUGGCGGGCCUCACAAAGGGAAUAGAGGGCCUCUUCAAGAAGAACAAGGCAGGCAGCCGCGCGCGCGCGGGGGCGCCUGCCCCGUGA